GGAUGUUACGAGCUCAUCAGGGGCCAUAAAGGAGAGCGGAUACACGACCUACGGCACUGUCCAACCAAAAUGUCCUCACCAGGGUCCAGGCGGAAUAGUUGCCGUGGAGCUGCGUGUGGAAGCCGGGCAACUCUUGAAUACCAAGUCCGUCGCCGGAGCUCCACCUGUUCUUACUUUGCCUCUGGAGCGCAAACGGGAGACUUUUCAGUCAGUCUGAGUCAGCCGAUAUUUACUGUAACGCUCCGGUUUUUGCUGGCGAUAGAUCUAUGGCUGUCCAAACGGCUCGGAGUGUGCGCCUGUGAGGGGUCUGCAUGGGGCAGCAUACGGCCCUUGGUCCGGCUGGUCGAGUUCUCCGGUCAUGUCAUCCCGUGGCUCAUCGGCACCGUGUACACUCUUCUCCGUGGACGAAGUGUGGAGGAGCAAGAGAUCAUGCUGAAUUUGGCAUUGGCUCUGAUUUUGGAUUUGCUGCUUGUCAGACUUGUGAAGACUCUGGUCAGACGUCGCAUGCCCGCCCAGAACCGUUCGGAGAUCCUCUCCACCUUCUUCGUGGAGCGCUAUUCCUUUCCCUCUGGUCACGCUUCACGGGCGGCCAUGUGCGCCCGGUUCUUCCUCGCCCAGCUGGUGGACACAGACUCCAUGCGGCUCCUGGUGGUGGGGUGGGCUGCUUUGUUGAGCCUGUCCCGACUGCUGCUUGCAAGACACUAUGUGACAGAUGUGGGCUUUGGCUUGGCCAUGGGCUACUGCCAGUACAGUUUGGUGGAAAGACUGUGGGUGACUUGGGACUGGUUGCAGGACGCGCUGCUCAUUGGCCUGGGAGAGAGGCUGAACAGGGCUUACGAUGGACUCUGGAUGAUAGAUGGGAAACAUUAGGUCAGGUUUAGGUGUGUGUGCAUGUAGGAAAAUGUUGAACAUGAGUGGGUAAUUCUGAAAUUCCUGAUUAUUGAUAUUAUUUUAGGAUUCUUAUAUGUUUUAAAAAAAUCUGUAUCAGCGU